AACAUUAGAAAUGAGGCUUCUUUAUUACGAUACAGACGAGAAGUCUAGUUUCCUUGCCGCAACUUAAAAAACGCAGCAAUGGAUUUCUCUCCCUUUAAUUGUCCAAUCAACGCUAAUUACUGUAGACAGUAAUAUGGCACCGUGCCUUUCCGUAAUUUAUAACAAAGUAAGAAAAAACAAUGUACUCAAGUAGUUUUCUACAACUGGUUAACGUUACUUCAUUUUUUUGUUAACUUCACUUCUAGUGAUAGAAAAUGUUCCUGCUCAGCGUAAAUAUAAAAGUAACGGAUAAAAAUAUCAGAAAUAAAAGAAACGUAUAAGUAUUAGAAAUGGGAAAAUCUAGGAAGAGGUGCAAAUGCACAUUUCGUGCAUAUAUUUUGAGUGCCAUAUUUGUUGCUGUGUGCCUAACUUUAGUGUACGAGAUAGCUAUAUUCUGUGCCCUUGACAGUCUUAGUGCUGUUAGCUACUUUGGAGGACUUAUUUCCAUCCCUGACACGGACAUAAAAGCGGAUAUGAAAAUAUCAGACAAUUUUGAAGCGGAAAUAGUUUUACACGAACUUGUUGGUUUCCGGAAUUCUGGAUUAAGUGAGCUGUGCAGAAACAAGGUCAUAAAUACUGUUCAUUACGUGUGGUGUGAUGACAAAAUAUUCGACUAUCGGAACUAUCUUAGUAUAAUGAGCGUCUGGAAGAUACUGAGACCGGAUAUCAUAGAAUUUCACCAAAAGGUGGCGCCAAAAUCUGACAAGUAUGAUGAUUGGCUUACCGAAAUUAAGAAAACUAUUCCAAAUUUUAUAAUGAAGGAGACUCCACCAAAUUGGGACGGCGACGAUAACGGUUGUGGGUUUUGGUUCGGCCUUGCGGCCAUUGAUGACAGGGGUGUCAUUUACGUGGAUGAAAAUGUCGUCAUAACAGAGGAAGUGGUAUCAUUCCUUAAACAUGAUAUGACUGUUUUAUUACAAAUCAUCCGAAUAUCCUCGCGUUGCCACAGCAAUGGGGAAAGAUCAUGACGACAAUUUUAAGAAGUUUAUACGAAUCUUUGAAAAAAAAAAGAAAU